AUGGAAGGAGGAGACGACGAACUUGCUGGUCGCCGCUGGCUAGAGGAUGGAAGGAGGAGGCGAGGAACUGAGCGAGGAGCUGAGGAGGCCAGGCCGGCGGUCGCCACCCGUCGACGAGAGCAACGACGCAGGUCACCGGGCAGGAGGAUCGAGGACGGAAGUCGAGUCGCGUUGUGUCGUUCGCUACUUCAGUCGCGUUUGUUGGCUGAGAAAAUUGAUAUGCCCAACCGAGGGAUGUAUCAAAUUGAUUAG